CUGUACCAUCACCAUCCUGCAAUUCCCACAAGCUUCUGCUCCUGCUCGGCUAUGUCCCCCAUUUCCCGUCAGAUUCACAGCACUUCAAACCUUUCGUCAUCACUGGCCGGAAAACUAUUGAUUAAUUGAGAUACAAAAGUUUCACAGCACACAACUUCUGAAUUUACAUACUUUAUGAGAGCGUGUUUCAUAAAUACCCUGAUAAUUGGUUCUUCGAGCUUCGGCUGCUCGGGAGCGUGCAUAGUGUCAAAGGCGAAGAACACCGCUGAUAUGCUGUGGACUUUAUUUUGGUGCCCUCUUUGUUAAACAAUCCUCACUUUUGGUUUUUGAAGAGGUUUCUAUGAAGGUUGGCAUACAUAGUCUCUAAUCUAUCAGGGAAAAAAUGCCUUCUGCUCUGUUUUCAAGUCUGAACUCUUCAUUCACUUUUGGCAUUCAAAGAGCAGUUAGUGUAAAACAAAUUGGGAGAUAUAAUCUAUCUCUGUCUCUGCCUGUACAAAGUAGUCAUACCUGGAGCUGCAGAUAUUCAAGCUACCUAUGUAAUACUGGAGUCAUGGCUGUUACUGGCUCUGCAGCUGCCUUGGGGGAUAUUGUGGUGGAUAACUUAAUCUCAAGCUCUGCAAACCCUGCUAGUGUCUAUUUUGGAGAUAGAAUAUGGAAAACUAGUAUGAGUUUGGAAUCUAGGAAAGUGAAAGCUUCCUUCAUAUUUGAUGUUUCUCAUGGGUCAUCCAUAUCAUGUCUGGUAACCAGAAGAGGGUUGAAAAGUCACUGUACAUCGUCUACUCCAACUUGUUCUGAUGGAUCAUUACCAAAUAAGCACCUUGCAAGUCUUGCAAUUCCAAUUGAACAGAAGGCAGUAGGUAAUGGACAUCUCAAGCUAGUUUCUGGAUCAUGCUACCUUCCACAUCCUGAUAAAGUAGGAACUGGUGGAGAGGAUGCUCAUUUUAUUUGUGAAGAUGAGAUGGCAGUUGGUGUAGCAGAUGGAGUUGGUGGAUGGGCAGAUGUGGGCAUUGAUGCAGGAGAAUUUGCACGCCAACUAAUGUCUUAUUCAGUCGAUGCUCUUCGGCGAGAACCCAAAGAUUCAAUCAGUCCAACUCGGGUGUUAAAGAAAGCACAUUCAAAAACAAAUGCUCAAGGCUCUUCUACAGCCUGUAUCAUAGCACUUACUAGCAAGGGUCUUCGUGCCAUUAAUCUUGGAGACAGCGGCUUUGUUGUGGUUAGGGAUGGGUGCACCAUCUUUGAAUCCCCGGUUCAGCAGCACGGUUUCAAUUGUCCAUAUCAACUUGAAAGUGGCACUGGCGGUAACAGUAAUGCUGAUCUACCAAGUUCUGGUCAGGUUUUUGCAGUUGAUGUUAAACCUGGAGAUGUUAUUGUUGCGGGGACUGAUGGAUUGUUUGACAACCUAUACAAAGAGGAAAUAGCUGGUGUUGUUCACGAUGCAGUAAAAUCUGGCUUUGACCCAGACACCACUGCUCAGAAAAUAGCAGGUUUAGCACGCCAAAGAGCUCUGGAUAGCAAAAGGCAAACUCCCUUCGCUGAUGCAGCACAAAAAGGCGGGUUUCGUUAUUAUGGUGGUAAAUUAGAUGACCUUACUGUAAUCGUUUCUUUGAUUACUCAUUCCUCGACUGCUGCAUAAGCACUAAGUUUCUGCUUUUCCUUUUCUAUUGGAUCUUUGAGUCUGUUGGCUACAAAUAUUGACUGAUUUUUUGAUAAAGAAAUGUGCAAUUUGAUUAUUAUUUUUUAAAAUUUGAUUUAAUUACUUCUUGUU